UCCUUUAACACAAUCACUUCUGCCUCAUCAACAACCAGACAUGCGUCCUCCCGUGCUGUUACUUCUGUUUUGCGUGGGUCUUGCGGUCGCCCAGCACAAUCAACCGUAUCCUGUGACGACACCGGUACCUAUCUUAAAACAGAUAAACAAGCAUAACGAGGACGGCAGUUACAGUUACGGCUUUGAGGCCGCGGACGGUUCGUACAAGAUCGAGUCCAAGUACCCGACAGGCGAGGUUUACGGCAAAUACGGUUUCGUGGACGAUACUGGGAACGUACGUGAGAUCGAGUACGGCGCAUCCAGGCGCGGCUUCGAGCCGGUCGGUCCUGGGAUAAACGUGCCCCCGCCGACCUUGACCGGCAACAGCAUCGCCGGCGCGAACGAGCCCGAUGACGACGGCCAGUACCGCGAGGAUCCGGCGAUAUAUCACACCGAUCCGCGUUUUACCAACGGGGAACGCUACGAUCUCGUGCCCAAGUACAGACAACAACAACCGAUCGCCUACAACAACCAGCCUCAGCAGUUCCCGUCGGCGUCGCCAGCUUACAGCCAACCGACGAGGUAUAACGCGCCUGUCAAUUACCGGCCAACAGCCGUAAACCCGCGAUUCCAGCCGGAAUAUCAGCCGCAGUAUCGAUCGCAGCAUCAAGGUCAACAGCUACGAUCCGUGUAUCCUUCGCCCGAGAUUCCAGUUGGUUCCCAAGGACACGCCGCAACCAAUAUCGACGUCAACGCCGGUUUGGCAUCUUAUACGGUUAAUUAUAAAUGAUAAAAAAAAGGAACAAAGAGAGAAAGAGAGAGAGAACGUGUGUACAUAUGGCAUUAUUUAUAAAUAUUCCGAGUCGUUGUUGUAAAUCCUCAUUUAAGUGUCGCACUUAAAAGUGUCGCAAAUAAGCGUCACCGUCGAGAUAUUUCGACGGGGGUUGGGUUGUCACGAUAAGCAUUUAUUUAGCAUUAAUUGAAACGACAACAAUACGUAUUUACGGUUAUUUUAGACGUAUGUACUUUACAUCAAAGGCUUGUCUUUUAUUUUCACGAGUUCCUAGUGGAACAAAACUUUCUACUUCCUGUUCUCCGACUUGUUUCCUCUACCUCUUCCGCGUCGGGAGCUUCUACCUUUCUUGUCGAGAAAUUGUACGUGUAUCACUACUUCUAUGAUUCAUUUUGUUUCCACUUUCUUCACUCGCUUAAUGUCUCAGCUACGUUUCUUCAUCGCAGAAGCAUAGCAGAUGCUUCCCGUCUCCACUCACGAUCACGCGUAUCAACAUAUAGAAUUAACUUGUGUGUCGUUUGCGUUCGUGAAGAGCCUUCGACGUGUUCGCGCAUGUUGCACUUGACAAGUAACUUGUCCUACACUUGAAAGAGAGAUUCCAUCUACAUUCUUAAACGCACUACAUCUCAUUUGAUACGCGAAUGUAUCAAGUACACAAUGUUGCGCGAGACGAUCUACUAAGUAAGUGGGAUGUAAGUGUGAGAUCAAUGACGCUCUGGACGAUUCGAUAAAACACGAUUGAACGACUCGGAUCGACCUUGUAACGAUGCGGAGCCGCACAGGGCCGACAACCUGUCUGAUGUAAAGUAAUACUUGGCGACAAAUUCCAUUUGCACGUGCCAGAUGCAUGCACUAUUAAUGAAAGUCCUUAGGUGCCUACUUGUGAUGUGGCUGAAAACGCAAGUAACAUUUUUUCUCGCAUAUAAAGAGCGCCGUCGGACUGUUCUCGACACACCCAAGAAUUUCACCCGCACUCUUAUCGUUAUAUAACACCUGCAAGCACGUAUAGAUACUACCUUCGCACUCAGCCUUUUACGAGAACAAAAUACAAAUUUACACGUGACGUGUCGAAUCGAUACAUAUCGCAUCUUGUCGAUAUUUUCCAAUGCGUCAGUUUCUGUCUUGGUAUUCACGUUCGUCGCAAUAAGGUACAAGGUACAUGUUAAUUUUUUCAUUUCUCCUAUCGGAGGAAUAAUGUUGCUUUGAAACUGAAACUCCCGCGAGUUUAAUCUGUUCUAUUGUCUAUGUGUAUAUGUGUAUGCGUGUAAUGGAAAUUGUGUUUACAGAAUUUAUCAUUACGGAACUUUCUGACACGUUCAACACACUUUGCAAUUACAUCAAAUAUGCUUCAAAAUAUUAAAUGAUUUAAAAUAAUACGUACAAAUGAAACUUUACAUAUGAUAUAAAAGGAAUUAAAUAUCGAAUAAAAAUCACUGUAUAAUACGCAUCGUCCCUGAUUUCUUGACUACAGUAUUAACUCAGACGACAACUGUAUUUCACACAUUUUGUGUGGGUAUAACAGGAAAUAUCGGCUAUCCUAUCGCCUUCACGUUUUAGCUUCUGGUCCUAUCUUAAACUGCACGCAUAGAGGUUACACGUUGCGCAUACCUGACACGUGGAGAGUGCCACGGAUCACCGCCCAAGUCCACCUUUCACGAUAUAAUCCACGAUCUACCCGAUCCCGCUGCGCGAUUGGCGUCGCUGUCCAAUCGAGCUCAGACACAUGAAUCGAAGUAUCCGUUUUCCGAGUAAAAGUUCGAGGUAGCUGCUUUUGCUUUCGGUUCUCCUAAUUCUUUUCUUAAAACAGCAUGAUUAUUAAAGAGAUUAUUCCACACAUUACAUAAAUACGUUUGGAAAUGACACACUUGCAGGUUAUAAAUUUAUAAGUAAAUAAUUCAUGUAAGUCUAAAUAAUUAUUACAUAAAAUCACGCACGUAUUAUUUACAGUUAAAAAAAUAUAUACGCGGAGAAAAUUUUAUAGUAAAAAUUACUAUAAUUAUAGCAUUUGUAAUUUAAAGAACACAGAUCACGAUAUUCUGCAAUAACUGACUGUGCUUUCAUCCCAUAUGUUUUAUUUAUAUUUUAGGAACUGUGUAAAAUGUGCUGUUGUUACAAAAUUUACUAUGCUUUCAACAAAAUUUACUAUGUUUCUAAUAAAAUUUGUUAUGUUCCUUAUCAAAAUAGAUCUUAUCGAUACUUUAUUUUUACA